CCUCGCCCCGGACACAGCCUGAAGCUGCUCCAACAGGCGGCUACAAGCAGGCAGCAGCCAGGCCUGCUUCAAACGGCGUCACACCAGGCGCCACUCUGUGUCUGCACCGACAGGAAGGCGCGUUGUCCUCAGGGAAGCCUCAGGUACCGUGGCAGGAGCUCCCGGAACAGCGCACUGGUCCUGUGUCUUCCAAGUCACGAGCCCCCUCUGCCCGUUCGGCACUUGCCUCUCUUCUUCUUCCUUUUUAUCUUGCUCCUUUUUUUGCCGCUGUCAGCGCGCGCUACCCCUGGCUCGCCUUCUUCUGUUUCUUCUUUCUUCAUGCACAAUCUAGAGAGUUCUCACAAACAGUCCACGCACCUAAACAACACUAAUAAUGUCCCUGCACUACACCUACCUUCAGUAUUCAGAUACAGUUUUUUUUUUCUGAAUUUUCGCAUGCUGUUACUUUUUUCCUACAUAUUUUGUAUUGUAUACCCACUAUUUUUGUACCUUUAUACUACCCGUUACUUAAUUUUUUUGUACUACCCACUCCUGCCUUGGGCCUGGUAAUCGGGCUGGCAGUACGAAAUAAAUUUCUUUGUUCUUAUUCUGCUCAUGUGUUGUACAUAGGGAGAUUCAAGCCAGUCCUCCACAUCAUGGUGCCGCUGAAUACAAUGCAGUCUCGCUGCCUUGACUCGCCGCACCAUCUGACAUCUGGGGUGAACAGAUCCACAGCUUCCUGCUCACAGGCAAGUAGGCGGUGGCUGUCUCGGCGAUGCUGAUAUCUCCAUUCUAGUGAAAGACAAUAAAUCGGCCCUUUUUGAUGCGGUUUCAACAGGCGAUGAAUUAUCUGUUCGCCGACUCCUAGACGACAAUGCUCCAUUUACCAUCACCAACAAUGAUGGCGAAAACUACCUUCAUCUGCUGGCUAAGCAAAAUUUCACUACAUUAUCACUAGAAGACAGUUCUUUGAGGCAGAAACGUCGGCGCGACAUCAUAUAUAUGCUCUCCGAUGAAGGGCUUCGCCCCGACCUCCGCGAUUCGAUGGGCAGAACUCCUAUGCACUAUGCGAUCCAGAAUUCAGACCCACACCUGUUCAAGAUAUUACUUCAGUGUUCUCCAAAUCCACCGGAUGACAUAUGUGAUGACAUGAUGCCCGCUUUAUUGCAAGAGGUGCUUGACAAGUUUAAGCCUGGACUAUGCAAUGCUAUUCAACAGCAUUGUAUAACAGACGUACGUAGAUUAGUUAACAUGUGGUGCCGCACUGAUGCCUUUACGAAUGGCUGCAAUCUUAAGGAACUUGCUCUGGAGUCCGGCCACGAAGAAAUCAUAAGCUUGAUACUUGGAGUCGAGCCAUCAAUGCGACUAGUCCAUCAUGUGCUUGCAAGAAAUGUUGAGAAAGUAAGAAAGCUCCUUUGUAUGGAACGGAUGAAUCUGAACCUGGAUCUUCGAAACAUGAGCGACCACGGUGCCCCAAUUCUCUACUAUGCCAUUGCUAACAAGGAUACGGACAUUGUGAGGCUUCUUGUGUCAGCAGGCUGCCACAUCUUUACACUUAUGCGUGAUGUGGACAAUCAAGAGAUUCCUGUUCUUUUCUCUGCUCUUGCCAUGGAUAUGAGCCCCGAAAUGGCCAAUGCAUUGUUGCCAAAAGACUUCCCAAGUCAGCGAGCAGUCAUCAGAAGACUUUUGUACAAAAGCAGGACAAUUUUGGAAGUCGCUCUUGAGAAAAGAAUACCUCCAGCGACAUUUGAAAUUCUUAUAUAUCGUGGCGGUGCUGAGCUGCUGGCUGGAAGAAACCAGGAUAACAAAACAGUGAGAGACAUUGCUCAGCAUGCUGAACAACAAGAAUAUGUUGAAGCAGUUGAUAAGGUUGUGAGGGAGUGGGUAAAAGAUGCCACAAGCUACCCUGAUCAGCGGCAACUACUAGUCUUAUGUGGGUAUGACCACAUUACAGAGCUUUUUCCAAGAGACUCAAUGCAGUUGGCACCUGAUACUGUCAAGUACCUGGAAGGUGUUGCGGAUUACCAGGAACAGAUUGCAGAGCUCUCAAGAGCUGUUGAGGCUGGAAACUAUGAAAGAUUUGAAGAAUUAAGAAAAUACAGUUCUGCAGUGUUCAGAACAAAUAUAUCCUGGGAAGCAUGUCAAAAGGGAGAUGGCCAGCCACUUCUCCAUAGAGCUGUGCUGUUCAACCGUCCCCAUAUUGUAAAAACAAUAUUACAGAACGUUCCUGCUGGUCAAUCUGUGGACACCCUUUUAGAUCAGCUGCCGGUGUUUUUACAGCAUCACCGCACUGCCCUCCACUAUGCCUAUGCUAUGCCUGAUGGUGACCAUUUAAUUAGGCUCCUCAUGAAUGCUGGCUGCUCUGAGCACACACUUGACAGGAAAGGAAUGGAACCAUUAGACUUCAAGAUGCGUUGUGGGUCACCUGCAAUGGAAGCAUUGCUGAAGCACAUACGCAGCAAGGUACCUCUUGAAGAGUCAAGGAUAUGGAAUUCAAAAAUCCAUCAUAAAAAAGACUUGCUAAAGUGCUGUCAAGGGGUCGCUGAACGCAAAUGGCCCCCUGUACCACCAAAGCAGAUACAUGCGACCGGGUGUUCCUGCCAAAUUGGUCAUGUGCGAAACAAGAAUACAAUGAAGGGCCAAAUCGGCCACCGUGGCAUUAGCUGGUGCACCACCUUGUAGCAUAAUUAAAUUUUCUUUAUUCAACCAAAGGCAAGUGUCAAAUUUGUGCCAAAAUGAAACUUGGUUUUGUGCUAGUGCUCUUCUUGCAUUUUAUGGACCUUCUUCACAACUUUGGAAAUCAACACGCAGUUGCAUUGCAGUCUGAAUUUUUCUUCACACUGGUUUCUAUACAACAGUCUCAAAGAAAGUCUUGCAAAUCCACCACGGUUGCUUAGUGGCCAUGGUGUUCGGCUGCUAAGCACAAGGUCGCGGGAUCAAAUCCUGGUCACGGCGGCCGCAUUUCAAUGGGGACUAAAUGCGAAAACACCCAUGUACUUAUUUAGGUGCACGUUAAAGGACCCCAGGUGAUCCAUAUUAUUCCGCAGUCCCCCACUAUGGCGUGCCUCUUAAUCAGCUCGUGGUUUUGGCACGUAAAAUUCAAUAAUUUAAUUUUUAAAGUCUUGCAAUGCCUUUUUUUUUUUCAUCCACUCAAAAUACUUUACACUACAAUCAAUAAACUUAUGCAUCGUUUGGAUCAAACCAGCCCUCCUAUGUUUCUUCAGGAAGCUGGACUUGGCAUCAUCCCAAGUCCCAAGAAGUUCCUCCUCAUUGGAAAACCUCUUUCCUUUCAGCCUGUUCUUUACAUGAAGGAGCAAUGCAAAGUCACAUGGAGCGAAGUCUGGGCUGUAUGGAGGAUCCUCUGCCAGUUUCAGCUUAGUACUUGCUAAAUAAUUCAUAGAAGCUUUGUAACAGUGUAAAGGUACAUUGUCAAAGUGCAGAAUUCACGUCUCUAGUCUUGAACAUGGACGAACGUUUUUUGGUGCAUUAACAACUCUGGGCAGACAUUCUUUUGUGUACCAC